ACCCUGACGCGCGCUCAGGCUCGCGCUCCCGCCCUAAUAGUAACUUAGGCGUACGCACGCACGACCUGAUCCUUGCGGGUGCGGGUGCGCUCGCGGUGGUGCAGCGCGGCGGUGCGUCGGCGGGCUUGGACUCUGGAGCCAGUCGGGCAGGGGUCCCAUGCCGCCUGCGAGGAGCGAGGAGCUUCAAGUCUGCCUGCAGCCGACCUCCGGCCCCGUACGUCACGGUCAACUUGAAUCCGAAGCCAGUCGACGAACUGAGAACUGUGCACUGUGCACUGUGCACUGGCAGCUGCUGCACUCGGGCGUCUGGCACGCGUUGGCCCACCGGCGGAUCGCAGCGCAUAUGCACGCUGGGAUCCGUUCCGUGCUAAGUUACGAGUGCGGCUGCGGAUUUGGAGUGAGUACCCCGGUGCAUGGAUCUUUCAAGUUGCCUCUGAGUCUCUGGCUGAUUCGGGACUGUCCUCCAAGUCCAAGUCCAGGUCCGAGUCGGGCCAGUAUGUUACAGUAUGCCAGUGUAUGUACAUCACCCGGCGGGCCCGCGACGCGCAUGUACAUGUACUCACCGUACGGAACAUCUCCCGUACCUCUACCUCUACCUCGUCGCGGUGCCCCUACGCCCCCCGUCCAUCCUGCACAACUGAUGAACCUCCGAGUCGCCGCAUGCGCACCACCCAACGCCGCGCAUACAUACGCGUCGUUGGCAGUGCGGCCCCACUUCCGGGUCUGUACUGCAAGUAAGCUUAGCGUGGCCUGGACUCCGCUGCUGCUGGGUCCGCUUGGGCGCUGGGCGGGCGGGUGGCCGUCGUGCCGCUCGGAGGAGGAGUCGACUCCGAGUGUCCAUGUCAGAGUACUACUAGGUGGAUGUCCAGGACCAGCGCGACUCGGACCGCGAGCUCGAGGUGGACGCCGGUCUUCAGCUUCAGCUUCAGCUUCGGGUGUACGUGUACGCGUCCGCGUACCGCAGCCCGUCAACUUAGACUUGAACGCGUCCGAGUCGUCGAUCUGAGCGCGUGUCGAGUGCGCGCGCGCGAGCCCCGCGCCGACACCAGCAGCGACGAGCAGCCAGCGCGCCACGCCACGCCGCGAAUUGAAGGCGAUAGUAUCGAUGUCGGACCCGUCAGACUCGGCGUCGGUGCGCAGCCUGCCAGUGCCAGUGCCAGUGCCAGUGCCCGGACGCGCUCCCCAACGUCACGGUGGACGCGAAUCGAUACCCUCGGAGGCGGACGUCCCCGAGUCCACAGCGCCGCGCGCGUCCCCACGUCCCCGCAACUCGAAGCUCGGAGCUCAAAGCUCGAAGCUCGGAGCUCGUCCCCGUCAACGUCAACGUCGACGCCGCUGGCCCUCAGACUGCCAGACACGACGCGUACGGCGAGACGAUUGCGACGUGAAUUCGAAGAGGCGUGCGUGCGGCGGCGUACCUGGUGGGGGAGCAGAGCAGCGACGAGCGACGAGCAAGUUCGACCCCGCGUGCCCGCCGCGCCGCA